GAUGCAUUCUGACUGAGUGUAUGCUAGCCUAGCAUACGAUCUGUUAACUGCAUUGUGAGUGGUUUAUUUUUGUUUAUAGGGAGAGUGGGAGCACUAGGUGAUGAUACCUACAUAAGGACGUCAUAACACAGUACGUUUAAAGUCAGAUACUUAUUUCCCAUUGUGGUCCCUAAUAUUAUUAUUAUUGUUAACAUAGAUACAUAUAUGGUUAGGCCUACAAUGAUACAUUACAUAGAUACAUAUAUGGUUAGGCCUAAAAUGAUACAUUACAUAGACAUUUUACYCUCAUGAUACACUAGCACAGGUUGCCGCGCGGUUAAACACUGCUUCCCAUUAAUUUCAAUGGAAGGAAAGCGGUGAGAAGCGGAGAGGGCGGGGGAKCUUUGGGCGGUGUGAAGGUGGCGUKGGAGGCGGUGAAAAAUACACUUUUCUCAACUUUAUGCAAAUCACCAGCGGCGGGCGAUGACCAAUCAUAUCGAGUGGUUUCCAUGACGAAUUUGACGCUAUGCGACCCAAUGCUGGAGACUUUCUUCAAGCAAAGAUGGCUGACAAAAAUACUAGGAUGGAAGCAAAUACGUUUGAGGAAGUUAAAAGUGAUGUUUUUCCCUUUUUCAAUUUUGGAUUCUGCCCUUUUUUGUUUUCCUGGAUCCAGUAGUGGGCGGCAAUACUCCUUUGCAGGUUGUAGUCUGCCCUAAAACCCCACCGAAGAAGAAGAAKAUCUGUGCCAAUCACUGAGUUAUAAAUAAGCGGUGCCAAUCAAUGCAUUAUAUCAUAGAAGAAGAGGAGUCCGUGUUGAGUAAGACUGUUGCAUCUGAUGCAAGACAUUGUCAAACGUUACUAGAGCAUUUUGACUGUCGAAGUCAGGGGUUGUUUUUCCCCGGAGGUCACCUUCCUAGCUAGCUACUACUGGAUGGCUAACGUUAUCCAGCCAGUGAUAUGGAAGUUGGGGCAGACAAAGUUUCAGCUAAAGUUGGCAUGCUAGUUAAGUAGCUUAGUGUUAUUUUUUUCUCUCACUCGUUUCAGUGAGUGUUGUUCGUCUGUAGAUACCUCUCGUAUGAAUAUAUAGCUAGAUGUCAACGUCACCGCUACGUAGUAGCGAGCGGGUUCAUCUCAAUCACAGCUUUCUAGCUUCCUGGUUGUUAGCCGAAGUAAYCUAGCUAGCUAAGGUUAGCGAGCAGUAGCACUGCGUAUGCAAUGGAUUGUCUAUCGGCAUUUCUGUUUUGCUUGAAAGAGGUUGGUUCAUAGUUGCUUUUGCUGGCUAAGUGAAUGUUAUAGGCUAUUGCAUUUUUGUUACGCUUGCAACGUUAAUGUAAAAUAGCUAACUAUCAUUGAAUAAGCAGCAAUAAGCACUUUKAAGUUAUAAAAAGUUGCUAUCUAURUAGAAGAGCGGUCAUCGUGGGACUAACGUUAACAGGUGUUUCAGUUGGGAGAGCUCAGCUGUAUUUGGCUUCAUUCUGCAUUUGCAUUCGGCACUAAAACCGCUAGCUAACCAGCUAUCAAAAUGUUGGUAAUGUAUGAAAAGCUUCCCGAACAGCUUAAGAAAACCUCCCAUGCCAGGAAAGCCGUUAUCCUUCUCGUCGCUGCCUAUGGAAUCAAGAAACUCUACCCCUACUUAUGGGCUAAACUCAGGAAGAAAGUUGGGGGUACACCGCUGCCAGUCCCCCUGAGCUCUAACGGGGUGCUACUGGAGGGGUCAGAGAAACAAGGAAAGAAGAAAAGUAGUAACUCGCCGGCUGUGAACCGGGAGUUUCUGAAGAGGCUAAGUCACCUGCUUCGUAUCCUGUUCCCCCAGCUGUUAUGUAAGGAGUUGGGUCUGCUGGGCUUCCACUCUCUGGCUCUCAUCUCCAGAACCUUCCUCUCCAUCUACGUGGCCAGUCUGGAUGGCAUGAUAGUGAAGACCAUUGUGAAGAAGGACCCCCAGGCGUUUGUGUGGGAGUUGACAAAAUGGCUGCUGAUUGCCGUCCCGGCCACCUUUGUGAACAGCGCUAUCCGUUACCUAGAAGGGCAGCUGGCACUGGCCUUCCGCACGCGCUUGGUAACCCACGCCUAUAAGCUCUACUUCAGUGACCAAACAUACUACCGCGUCAGCAACAUGGACGGACGCCUCGCCAACCCAGACCAGUCUCUGACAGAAGACAUGGUGAUGUUUGCUGGCUCUGUGGCCCACCUGUACUCCAACCUGACCAAGCCAUGUCUGGACGUGGUGGUGACCUGUUACACCCUCCUCAGGACCGCGGAGUCUAAAGGAGCCAACACGACCUGGCCCUCCAUCAUCGCCGGCGUUGUCGUGGGAAUCACCGCCAAGGUUCUGAGGAUGUUCUCGCCGCGGUUUGGUAAGCUAGUGGUGGAAGAAGCACGGAGGAAAGGAGAGUUGAGGUACAUGCACUCACGCAUCAUCGCCAACUCUGAGGAGAUCGCCUUCUACGGAGGACACAAGGUGGAGAUGUCCCAGCUCCAGCGGUCCUACCGCUCCUUGUCGUCCCAGAUCAACCUGAUCCUGUUUAAGCGUCUGUGGUACGUGAUGCUAGAGCAGUUCCUGAUGAAAUACCUGUGGAGUGCUUCGGGACUCGUCAUGGUGGCUGUACCAAUCAUCACCGCAACAGGCUACUCCAGAUAUGNCUCCGAGGAUGUGAAGCAGUUGGCCAUGAAUUUGAAAGAGGAGGACCUAGUGAGUGAGAGGGCUCAGGCCUUCUCCACCGCUAGGAACCUCCUCAAUUCUGCCGCCGACGCCGUCGAGAGAAUCAUGAGCUCUUACAAGGAGGUGACUGAGCUGGCUGGGUACACAGCCCGUGUGCACGAGAUGUUCACUGUGUUCGAGGACGUGCGUGCGGGCGUGUUCCGUCGCUCUGCGGGGGAAGUGGAUGAGCAGACGGGUGGAGGAACACAGCUGGUGCAGCACGGCAUGAGGGUGGAGGGACCAAUCAUGAUACGAGGUCAGGUGAUAGACGUGGAGAAGGGCAUCAGCUGUGAGAACCUUCCCAUCAUCACACCGACAGGAGACGUUGUAGUGUCCAGCCUCAACAUCAAGGUGGAGGAAGGGAUGCAUCUGUUAAUAAGGCCUAACGGCUGUGGGAAGAGCUCUCUGUUCAGGAUCCUCAGUGGUCUGUGGCCAGUCUAUGGAGGGGUUCUCUACAAACCACCACCCCACAUGUUCUACAUACCUCAGAGGCCGUACAUGUCAGUGGGAACCCUGCGAGACCAGUUGAUUUACCCAGACACCGAGACAGAGAUGGAGGAGAGAGGAUUUACGGACCAGCAGCUAGAGGGGAUCCUCGGAACCGUCAACCUGGUCUACAUUCUGGAGAGGGAAGGAGGGUGGAGUGCAGAAAGUGACUGGAAGGACGUGUUGUCAGGAGGAGAGAAACAGAGGAUUGGGAUGGCACGGAUGUUCUACCACAGGCCUAAGUAUGCMCUGCUAGACGAGUGCACCAGCGCAGUCAGCAUCGACGUGGAGGGAAAGAUCUUCCAGGCAGCAAAGGAUGCUGGGAUAGCWCUGCUUUCGAUAACCCAUCGACCCUCCCUCUGGAAGUACCACACCCACCUGCUUCAGUUUGACGGCGAGGGCGGCUGGCGUUUCGAGAAGCUGGACGCCUCCACACGUGUCUCUCUACAGGAGGAGAAACAGAAGCUGGAGUCUCAGCUCUCUGGGAUACCCAAGAUGCAACAGCGCCUGUCGGAUCUCUGCCGCAUGCUGGGGGAGGACGCCACCCUGUCAGGAACCGGAGGAGAGGAAGCGGGGGAGGAGGAGGAGGAGGAGGAGAAACGGGAGGAGGAGGAAGAGAAGGAAGAGUGAUGAACAAGGACAAUAGAAGGAUGAUGAUCAUCGGAUGGAUGGAUGGAUGGRUGGRUGGRUGGAUGGRUGGGUGGRUGGGAAUGAAAGACAUUUCKGCCCUGUCYAGAAACAACCCCCUGGGGCAUUUGUCCCCUCGGCAAGGUGGAGCUGUACUCAUAUUGUUACUAACAGGUCCAGUCCUUUCAAAUCCUCUGGGUUGCUCAGACCAUAGGGUCUAGGUCCAAGAGGCUGGGUCUAAUAGUGUAUAAUGACGUUCUGGACUUCCAACCAAUCAGAUGUGGCUGUUAAAGUGGAAACUAAAACUGAGCAGCAAUUGACUAUCUCAGCAGUAUGGGAGAGGAAGUGUAGUGGGAGGAGGA